CGAGUGAACAUUCGAGGAAAGGAUUGGGCCUCAGUUUAACCCUUUAACUGCGCGGCUGUCAGUCCGAUUUCCCCGUUUCAUGAAAACCACACCUCUCUAUUUGCAUUUCAUAACAACACAAAUGAGCCACUCGGGAUCCAGUGUAUCAGGGAAUCAUGUUCGCGCAAACGCGCGCACCACCGGACCUUUCCGUGUUUCGGACGUGCCGGUUCGCGCAUUCGAAAGAUCGUUACAGGAAACACAUUUACCGAAAGGACUGGAGCACAACAUUUUGGGACGAGGCCAGUGACGCGCUCAUGUUCUGCGCAGUGAUUGGCUGUGGAGCCCGGGAGGGCGUGGCGACAGCGACGGCGUGGGUUCGCUUGUGUGACACAAUUACAACAACUUUAAUCUUCUGGCGAACACAACUUUGAGAUUGUUUGAAUACGUUCAGUGUUUUUAAGUGUGCACGCGCCGCACGUCACAUCAACACAGAGCCGCCGCGUCACAGUUUAUUCCUGCAAAACAAUGUGAGAGGACGCGCCGCUGGAGGGCCAGCUCACUUCUCACGGGGCUUUAGACGCUGAAGCGCGGUUUACUGGAGAAAAAGUUGGUGUUUAUUGUGGCUUUUGGACGCACGGAGCUCGCUUUCCCUCGAUUUCUCGGUGCGAUUCCAUGAAAUCGUGCCGAGAGUCGCUCUCCGUCGCCGCCGCUCGACGCCUCAGCGCUGCUGGUGAUGAGGAGGAGAAAAUGGCGGCGGGAAAAGCGAGCGGACCCGAGGAGGACGCGCCGAAGCUGAGCGCGCAGGAGAGCGACGCCCUGACACGCGUCGACAGCUCUCUGUUCGGAUAUCAGCGGCUUCGUGAAGAUGGCGCCAGCUCGAAGGCCCUGCUCGUGAAGGCCGUGCGCUGCUACGAGUCUCUCAUCCUGAAAGCAGAAGGAAAAGUGGAUCCCGAGUUCUUCUGCCAGCUGGGUCACUUCAAUCUCUUACUGGAGGAUUAUCCGAAAGCGUUAUCAGCGUACCAGCGCUACUACAGUUUACAAUCAGACUACUGGAAGAAUGCUAACUUCCUGUACGGCCUCGGGAUGGUGUACUUCCAUUACAAUGCGUUUCAGUGGGCGAUCAAGGCGUUUCAGGAAGUGCUGUACAUCGACCCCAGCUUCUCUCGCGCUAAAGAGAUCCAUCUGCGUCUCGGCCUGAUGUUCAAAGUCAACACGGACUACGAGUCCAGCCUAAAGCACUUUCAGCUGGCGCUCAUCGACUCCAAUCACUGCUCUUCAUCCAAAGCUGAGAUUCAGUUCCACAUCGCGCAUCUAUACGAGAUUCAGAAGAGAUACCGCGCAGCUAAAGAGGCGUACGAGAGUCUCCUGCAGACGGAGGACUUACCUGCGCAGGUGAAGGCGGUCACCCUACAGCAGCUGGGCUGGAUGCAUCAUACGGUCGAGCAGCUGGGAGAUAAAGCUAAUAAAGACAGCUACGCCAUCCAGUGUCUCCAGAAAUCCCUGGAAGCCGAUCCGAGCUCGGGUCAGUCCUGGUACUUCCUCGGCAGGUGCUACUCCAGUAUUGGGAAGGUCCAGGAUGCAUUCGUCUCAUACAGACAGUCCAUCGAUAAAUCAGAGGCCAGCGCAGACACGUGGUGCUCCAUCGGAGUGCUGUACCAGCAGCAGAACCAGCCCAUGGACGCUCUGCAGGCGUAUAUCUGUGCUGUGCAGCUGGAUCACAGUCACGCCGCCGCCUGGAUGGACCUGGGCACGCUCUACGAGUCCUGCAACCAGCCGCAGGACGCCAUCAAGUGCUACGUCAACGCCACGCGCAGCAGAACCUGCAGCAACACACCUGCGCUGGCGGCACGCAUCAAAUACCUGCAGGCGUGUAAAGCUCAGCCCGGGUCAUCAGGCUCCGGUCAGUCUCUGCCCCCCCACGUCAGUCCGCUGGAUCAGGCUGAUGGUCAGUCCAGUCCAGCCAAGAGGAAGAGGACCGCCAGCCCUGCCAAGAGUUCUGCAGAGUCUUGGACACACAGUUCAGCACAUCCUCCGACGCCGAGCUGUAUCCUGUCUCCUCAGAAGCUGCAGUUGCUGGAGCAGUUGCGAGCGAACCGGUCGAGUCUGAAUCCGCUUCAGCUGCAGGUGUUGGAGCAGACGGAGGCUCAGCUGUCCGCCGUGCACCAGAUGAGGCCAAACUCUUCUGGGCAAACACGACCCACGCUCCCCAACGGCCCUUCACUGCCCGCUCACGCUGUUCCUCGCGGCUCGGCUUGCAUCGCUCAGACGUUGUCCAACGGGCCGCUUCCUCCUGGUCCCCGCUCCGGCCCACAGCCCUCUUCAGUCGGCAAUAAUCACACGCCGGGAGCCAGAGCGAACGGAGACGUGCCUUACCUGCAUCCCAACACACUACCUCACAACUGCACAAGCCCAGGAGACACCAGGAAGAGCCAGCAUCUCAACUCCGCUCAGGGGCUUCAGAAAGGUCAGGGUUCACAUUGGGCAGGUCCUAAUGGAGACCGGACUCUCUCUUCCAGCGGUUCGGCCGACGGCGGCCCUCACAAUCAGGUCGGACAUUCAGCCACGACCCCAACGGAGCCCGCUGUCAAUCAUCUGUCCCCCCCUCCCCCCUCCUCUCAAUCUACCUCAGGUGCGCCCCACAGCACCGCCCCGACCAAAGACAGCGCCGCCCUGCAGGCCAACGGUUCCACUGCCGCCAACCACCACAGUCCUGACCGCACGCCCACUUCCACGUCCGGUUCUCCGGCAGCUCCUUCCACAGACAAUCCGCAGCUCUCCGCUGAUCAGGAGGUCAAGGAGAGUCCAGCUGUGAGCUCCAGGGUGAACCACGUCCACCCGGCUCCAGGCAGCUCCAGCGCCUCUUCUCCUGCCUCCGCCCUGUCCACCUCGUCACCGUCACCCCGCUCCACGGAGCCCACGGCCAGCCUUAACAAGCCAGGCUCCGCCGUCACCGUUAACGGGAGCGGGGGGGGAGCGUGUUCAGACUCUCAGAGUCCGCCGGAGCUGUGCAUCAAAACAUCCUCCGAUCUCAAACCCUCACACUCGUCCUCCACCGUCUCCAUUUACCCCACCUCAGCUGAUGUCCUGAAAGCCUGCAGGAAUCUGCGUAAGAACGGUCUGUCGAGCAGCAGUGUCCUGCUGAACAAGUGUCCACCGCCGAAACUUCCUCCUCCUCCGUCACCGCCGCUGGAUAAAGACAAGCUCAACCCUCCGACGCCGAGCAUCUACCUGGAGAAUAAGAGAGACGCGUUCUUCCCGCCGCUGCACCAGUUCUGCACCAAUCCAUCCAACCCUGUCACCGUCAUCCGCGGCCUGGCCGGAGCCCUCAAACUGGAUCUGGGCCUGUUCUCCACCAAGACUCUAGUGGAGGCGAACCCGGAGCAGCUGGUGGAGGUGCGGACGCAGCUGUGUCAGCCGGCCGAUGAGAACUGGGACGCCAGCGGUCAGAGGAAGCAGUGGCGCUGCGAGAGCAUCCGAUCCUACACCACCAUCGCCAAAUACGCUCAGUACCAGGCCGCGUCCUUCCAGGAGUCUCUGCGGGAAGAGAAUGAGAAGAAGGGCCAGAAAGAGCUGUCAGACUCUGAGAUGACAUCAUCAGAAGCUGUUUCCAGGAGGAGGAAAGGUCCGUUCAGACAAGUCAAGUUUGGGACUAACAUUGAUGUCUCUGAUGAAAAGAAGUGGAAGCUGCAGCUGCAGGAACUGAGUAAACUGCCUGCGUUCGCUCGUGUGGUGUCUGCUGGGAACCUGCUGAGUCACGUGGGACACAGCAUUCUGGGUAUGAACACGGUCCAGCUCUUCAUGAAAGUCCCGGGCAGCAGGACUCCAGGUCAUCAGGAGCACAAUAACUUCUGUGCCGUCAACAUCAACAUCGGGCCGGGCGACUGCGAGUGGUUUGCCGUGCCGGAGCCGUACUGGGGCGUGAUGAGCGAGUUCUGUGAGAAGAACAACAUCAACUUCCUGAAGGGCUCGUGGUGGCCGAAUCUGGAGGAUCUGUACGAGGCUAACGUGCCGGUGUACCGCUUCAUCCAGCGUCCUGGAGACCUGGUGUGGCUGAACACGGGGACGGUGCACUGGGGUCAGGCCAUCGGCUGGUGCAACAACAUCUGGUGGAACGUGGGUCCUCUGACCGCGUAUCAGUACAAGCUAGCCGUCGAGCGCUACGAGUGGAACAAACUCCAGAGCGUCAAAUCGAUGGUUCCCAUGGUGCACCUGUCCUGGAACAUGGCCAGGAACAUUAAAGUGUCUGACCACAAGCUGUUUGAGAUGAUCAAGUUCUGUCUGCUGCGGACGCUGAAGCAGUGUCAGACCAUUAAAGAGGCGCUGGUGGCUGCUGGGAAGGAGACGGUGUGGCACAGAAGAAGCCGAGACGAGCCGGCCCAUUACUGCAGCAUCUGUGAGGUGGAGGUGUUUAACCUUCUGUUUGUGACGAGCGACAGUUACUCCAGGAAGUCCUGCGUGGUUCAGUGUCAGGAUUGCGCUCGGAAGACCAGCGGUGACCUCGACGGGUUCGUGGUGCUGCAGCAGUUCAGGAUGGAGGACCUCAUGCAGGUCUACGACCAGUUCUCAUUAGCUCCUGCUCUGCAUUCGUCUGCUUCUUGACAUUAAGACGCCGAACAUGUGGAGAAUAUCACAUUACAGGACCAUUUCUGAUAUUCAGGACCGUGGUGCUCGUCUCUCGUGUGGCUGGUGACCAUCGGAGAGCACGAGACCCUCGACUCAAGUGACUGUGUGUCUAUGCAACCUGUUCAUAAACUGCAGCGUGUGACUGUGGCCUGCGGGGGGCGCUAGUGAGGGACUUCCUGUCUACACACCUCUUCCUGAACGGCCGCUCACCUCUGCUUCACGUGAGGAAUUAAUCACAACAGCUGGGGAAGAUAUUGUGGGAAGCUGGUUUUGUACAUAUAGUGUGUCCCAGCUGGCAUCGUCACGUACAGACUACUGACUCCAGACGCUGUUCUGUAUUUGGUAACAAGCUGAAACCUGGCGUCUCUUUCCUCGUGUCUCAAGGGUUCGCCUUCACCGAGGAGAGCUAGCCCACUCUUUUUAUGCUAGAUAGUGAUUUUACGAUGACUUUGGAUGGCAAAAUCUACAAAAAACACACAAAAAAACAAUAUUUGUAAUGUGAAAAAUUAGGUGAUCAUUUUUUACUGCUUUUGUUUUAGCGGUCUCUCGUUCUUUUGACACCAUGGUCAAUAUUUUGUUUCUUAGGUAAGAAAAAGGAAAAAGCAUAACAGCCAAGUCACAAAGAAACAUGGGUUGCACAUAGAGUAAGGAAUAAAGUGUCUGUUUUCUCCUUCCUCGUUUGUUUCUAAUCCUGAUGUACAUUUACACUAUUUAUAAAUACAUAUUUAUUGCUUGAAGAUAUUUGUGGAUGGAAUGCUGUUAUUUUUCCCAGAGUACCUGCCAUUAAAUUUGAAGGAGUUUGGUCAUUUAACUACUCCUGCAUUUUUCUAUAUAGAAUUAAACCGCUUAGUAAGCAUUGUACAGAAACUAUAAAGUUGUUUUAUUGUUUGAAGAAUGUUUUAUGAGUUAUUAAACAAGUUGUCAACA